CCACCUUUCUUUUCCUUCUAUGCUUACAUAUUUGUAGCCAACCAAAUACAGAGGAAGAUAACAAAAACCAUGGCACUCAGAAUGUGGGCUUCUUCCACUGCCCAUGCACUCAGAAUCUCCUGUGCCUCCAAGGCUCACCUCUCCCCUGCGUUUUCCCUCUCUAGAUGCUUCUCUACAGUUCUGGAUGGGUUGAAAUAUGCAUCUUCACAUGAAUGGGUCAAGCAUGAAGGUCCAGUGGCUACAAUUGGCAUCACUGACCAUGCUCAGAAGGAAAUGCUAUGAGAUUUUGUCUUUCCAUUUCUCAUCUUUAAACUAAUAAAAGAAGAAGAAAAUUUUAUAGUAAAGUCCUACAGAGUCUAAUUUUUGUUUUUCCAUGUGAUGAAGAUCAACUCAAGUCCAUAUGAAGAUGGUUGGAUUAUCAAGAUCAAACCCAGCAGUCCAUCAGAGUUAGAAUCCUUGAUGGGUCCAAAGGAAUACACCAAAUUCUGUGAGGAAGAAGAUGCUGGCCAUUAGAAUCUGGACCAUACUUUCUGUAAGCCUAAUAUUUUCUGUUUUGUUGAUUACUGUUAAAGAAGUUCAAUCUCCAAUUUGACAAUCAGCUUCUUCUUCUUCUUCUUCUUCUUCUUUUUUCUUUUUUGUGCUAAUUUCCUUUUUUAUUCAUGUUAUGUCUCCUACUCAUCAUUUCACUU